CUCCGCUCGCGUAAGGUUCACCAUGGAAUCCUUAGAAUUCCUGAAAAAAUUGUAAUUUUCUGCAUGUAAAUUAACGUGUUUUUGCCUGAAAAGUGCUUAAUCGUACUCGCGCAGCAAUCGUGACGUAGAAAAAUUCGAUGAUGGCUCGCCAGCUAAACCCUAAUCAGCAGAAGAUUUCCGAAAAGCUUAUUAUCCUCAAUGACCGGGGAGUUGGCAUUCUGACCCGAAUCUACAACAUAAAGAAAGCGUGCGGGGACACUAAAUCUAAGCCCGGGUUCUUGUCGGAAAAAUCGCUUGAAUCGUCAAUCAAGUUUAUCGUCAAACGGUUUCCCAACAUCGAUGUGAAAGGUUUGGCCGCAAUCACCAACAUCAAGACGGAGAUUAUCAAAUCACUUUCCUUGUAUUAUUACACCUUCGUGGAUCUACUGGAUUUUAAGGACAAUGUGUGCGAGAUUCUCACAACGAUGGACGCUUUACAGAUUCAUCUGGAUAUUACCCUCAAUUUUGAACUCAGUAAAAAUUAUCUGGAUCUGGUGACGACAUACGUUUCGUUGAUGAUACUUCUCUCCCGAGUUGAAGACCGAAAAGCAGUUCUGGGAUUGUUCAAUGCUGCUUAUGAAAUGCAGCACCAGCAGAGCGAUCAAAGCUUUCCUCGUUUGGGUCAAAUGAUCAUUGAUUAUGAUGUUCCGGUUAAAAAAUUGGCUGACGAAUUUAUUCCACAUCAACGGUUACUGUCGAGUGCGAUAACAUCGCUAACGAAAGUCUAUCCAAUGCGAAACCUUAGCGCUGAAAAAUGGCGAGAAUUGCAACUUCUUAGUUUGGUUGGCACUCCGGCUACGCUGCUUAAGGCAGCCAAGACGGACACAAUGUCUUGCGAAUACGUCUCCUUGGAGACCCUAGACCGCUGGGUCAUUUUCGGUCUAAUGUUGAACCAUCAGUUACUUGGGCACCAAGACCUAAUCACUUCGAUGUGGAUAUCGGCCCUCGAUUCCAGCUGGGUAGUGGCACUGUUCCGCGAUGAAGUUAUCUACAUCCAUCAGUACGUUCAAAACACCUUCGAAGGGAUGAAAGGGUAUGGAAAACGUAUAUCUGAGGUGAAAGAAUGCUACAACCAAGCCGUACAGAAAGCUGGCUUGCUUCACCGCGAAAGACGAAAAUUUUUACGGACGGCUCUUAAAGAAUUGGCUCUUAUUAUGACUGACCAACCCGGCUUACUGGGUCCUAAGGCACUCCUCAUAUUUAUUGGUUUGUGCUACGCCAGAGAUGAGAUUCUGUGGUUGCUUCGCCACAAUGACAAUCCGCCGGUGGUAAAAAGCAAGGGAAAAUCUACAGAAGAUCUUGUGGACCGACAGCUACCGGAGUUACUGUUUCACAUGGAGGAACUACGUGCCCUGGUUCGGAAGUACAGCCAGGUUAUGCAACGCUACUAUGUGCAGUAUUUGUCCGGUUAUGAUGCUAUCGAUUUGAACUUCAAAAUGCAACAGUUGCAGGUUUGUCCGGAAGAUGAAAGCAUAAUUUUAUCCUCACUAUACAACACAGCCGCCUCAUUGACUGUCAAACAAGUCGAAGACAAUGAAACCUUUGAUUUUCGCUCAUUCCGUAUCGAUUGGUUCCGGCUACAGACAUUCAUGAGUGCCAAAUCUGCUAUCCGCAUAGUCGACUAUCCUGAUUUAGCCAGACUUCUCGAUUCGAUGGUAUUCCACACCAAAAUGGUGGACAAUUUGGACGAGAUUCUGGUUGAGACGUCGGAUCUUUCGAUCUUCUGUUUCUACAAUAAAAUGUUUGAGGAUCAGUUCCACAUGUGCUUGGAGUUUCCAGCUCAAAAUCGAUACAUCAUAGCGUUCCCGUUGAUUUGCAGUCAUUUUCAGAACUGUACGCACGAAAUGUGCCCGGAAGAGCGACACCACAUCCGGGAGCGGUCUCUCUCAGUGGUUAACAUGUUCUUGGAUGAAAUGGCCAAGGAGGCAAAAAACAUUAUAACUACAAUUUGCGAUGAACAGUGUAUGAUGGCGGAUGCGUUGCUUCCAAAGCACUGCGCGAAGAUUCUAUCGGCGGCAGCCAAUCGAAAAAAGAAAGAUAAGAAUAAGAAGCAUAUGGAUGACAUCAAAAGACCAGGCGAUGAAAGUUACAGAAAAACACGCGAGGAAUUAACAACCAUGGACAAGCUACACAUGGCCCUCACGGAACUUUGCUACGCCAUCAACUAUUGUCCGACGGUCAACGUUUGGGAAUAUGCAUUUGCUCCACGUGAAUAUGUUUGUCAACAUCUCGAAACACGAUUUUCCAGAGCGCUUGUUGGAAUGGUAAUGUACAACCCGGACACCAUGGAAAUAGCUAAACCAUCCGAGCUGUUGGCUUCAGUAAGGGCCUACAUGAAUGUGCUACAAACUGUUGAGAAUUACGUUCACAUUGACAUCACAAGAGUUUUCAACAACUGUCUUCUGCAGCAGACACAGGCUCAGGAUAGUCAUGGAGAAAAAACCAUUGCUGCACAUUACAACACCUGGUACUCGGAUGUGUUACUGCGUAAAGUGAGCGGUGGAAAUAUUGUAUUUUCUUUGAACCAAAAAGCCUUUGUCAGCAUAACGCCGGAAGGCUGCAUUCCAUUCAAUCCGGAGGAGUUUUCCGAUUUCAAUGAACUUCGCGCUUUAGCCGAACUGAUCGGACCGUACGGUAUCAAGCUGUUGAAUGAGUCUCUGAUGUGGCACAUUGCCAAUCAAGUACAAGAACUGAAGCGUAUGGUUGCUCUGAACAAAGAGGUGUUGAUUAUACUGCGGAGUAACUUUGACAAACCAGAGAUUAUGAAAGAGCAAUUUAAACGUCUCCAGCAAGUAGAUAAUGUGUUACAACGAAUGACCAUAAUCGGAGUGAUACUGAGUUUUCGACAGCUGGCACAAGAAGCACUUGUCGACGUCCUCGAUCAGCGCAUUCCGUUUCUUCUCUCCUCCGUUAAAGAUUUCCAAGAACACGUUCCAGGAGGUGACCCUCUCAAAACCGUAUCGGAAAUGGCCUCAGCAGCUGGUCUGAAAUGUAGAGUCGAUCCAGCCCUUUCGAAUGCCCUCAAAGCCCAAAAACCGGAACUGGACGAAGGCGAACAUUUAAUCGUCUGUCUGCUAAUGGUAUUUGUUGCCGUAUCUAUUCCCAAACUAGCCAAAAACGAAAACUCAUUCUAUCGAGCGUCACUGGAGGCGCAUACGAACAACACGCACUGCAUGGCAGUUGCAAUAAACAAUAUCUUUGGUGCAAUGUUCACAAUCUGCGGGCAGAAUGAUAUCGAGGACAGAAUGAAAGAGUUUCUUGCACUGGCCAGCUCUUCACUGCUGCGACUUGGGCAAGAGUCCGACAAAGAGGCGAUAAAAAAUCGCGAAUCUAUAUACCUACUGUUGGAUCAAAUCGUACAGGAAUCACCGUUUUUGACAAUGGACUUGCUUGAAUCAUGCUUUCCAUACGCUCUUAUUCGAAAUGCGUAUCACGCCGUGUACAAGCAAGAACAGUUGCUUAUGCACUAAGUUACAAAGCUAGCGUCUCUUGAAAGGUGUAUUAAUAGACAUUGGAAUGAUUCGGACUGGUGCGUAUUUUCUAUUGUUCGUCGUGCUACUUAUCUGUCAUUGAGAGAUAUGUGGCUGUAAAAUGUAUUGUGUAUGCGAAAUAGGAUAAUAGAAUGACCUUACCUUCUAAACGUAGUAUAAAUAUGUAGCGAUUAGCACUUAUUGGAUAAUUUCUUAUCACAUACGGACUUAUACAAAUUGUAGUAUUCUGCAUAAUUACUUGUAUUUCUUACUGCUGUAUCAAAAUCGGCAACAUCUUAUCGGCAAAAAGUCUAAAUCACACCCAAACAUUUAGACACUGCAGAUUAAAAAACAUAAAUCUAUCAGAAAUUAAUUAUUCUUCUAUAAGCUCAUCCGCGAUAUAAUUUGCGUAACCAAUGCAUUCAAAAAUAUUUUCUCUUGCGAAUUGUAUAAGCUUGGGACAAUUAUAACAUGUUAUUGUAAUGCAGAAAGAAACGUCAUUCGUAAACGGCAAUAUUUCCAAGAAGUAUGAAUAGAAGAAGAAUAAACACCAUUUAAGAAACUCUUCCAA